AUGAGAGAGAGUCUGACUCCUACUACAACUCAAACUGCUCAGACACAUAUAAAAAGGGGACCUCCACUCUCAGGAGUUACUGACAUUAUGGUUGGUUAUAUGUUUGGGUUGGAUUAUAUUUCCUCAACUGCUAACGUCUUGCCGCCCGAGUUACAAGGUAGGUUAGUCUUUUUCAUCAUUAUUUCUUUAUAUGUGGAUGAUAUGGUUAUUACUGGGGAUGACAAUCAUGGGAUUGAAGUUUUGAAGUAUGAAUUGUCUACUCGCUUUGAAAUGAAGGAUUUGGGAUCUCUUCGUUACUUUCUUGGGAUAGAAGUGGCCUUUUCUCCGAAAGGUUAUCUUCUCUCUCAGUCUAAGUAUACUGUUGAUAUUCUGGAGCGUGCCCAUUUUACUGACUCUAAGCCUGCUUCUACUCCUAUGGAGAUUAAUGUUUGUUAUUCCUCCUCUAAUGGUAUUCCUUUGUCUGAUGUCACUUUAUAUCGCACUAUUGUUGGAAGUUUGGUUUAUCUUACCAUUACUCGUCCAGAUAUUACAUAUGAGGUUCAUGUUGUCAGUCAGUUUGUUGCUUCUCCUACUAUAGUUCAUCGGGCUGCUGUUCUUCGUAUCUUGCGGUAUCUUCAGCGCACUCUCUUUCAGAGUCUUUUGUUUCCUUCCAUUUCUUCUUUGGAAUUGUGUGCCUACUCUGAUGCUGAUUGGGGUCGUGACUCCGCUAAUCGUAAGUCUAUGACAGGUUUUUGUAUCUUUUUGGGCAAUUCUCUAAUUUCGUGGAAGAGUAAGAAGCAAACUAUUCCUUCUAAAUCUUCUACUAAAGCAGAGUAUCGCGCAAUGUCAUCCACUCCUGUUGAGAUAGUUUGGUUGCAUUGGUUACGUGCUGAUAUGGGUGUCACUCUAUCUCGCCCUACUCCUAUGUAUUGUGACAAUAAGAGUGCUAUUCACAUAGCUCAUAAUUUUGUCUUUCAUGAGCGGACCAAACAUAUUGAGAUUGACUGUCACUUUACUCGACAUCAUCUUCAACAUGGCACUCUUACCUUGCCUUCUACUUCUUCUUCUAUGCAACUUGCUGAUUUCUUUACAAAGGCACAUACUAUAUCUCGUUUUCAAUUUUUAGUAAUUAGCAAACUCUCGAUGCUCAAUGUUGUCGCAUCAUGA